UGCUUACGAAAGUUGAAUGGUACGAGUUACGACCCACGCGAUGGUUUACAUUACGUGGCGAGCGUGCGUCAGAGAUGUUACUGUCUGUAACGUUUGUCCGUUUCUCGACGUUGUAACACUUCGUGCGUGAAGAACUCUUCGUAUCUCGUGUUUCGAAAGUGGAAAGCAGUGUGUUUACCUACCCGACUCACAAGAAGAACGACAAGGCGGCAAAAUUGUACCAUUACGAUGUCUGUACUCGUUAAAUUCUGCGCGUGCCUUUGCCUCGUUCACGUCGCCGUCAGUUCAACCUUGUCUGCACCCCCCCAGUCGGCAGUGGUUGUCGCUUUCGAAGAUGUCUAUGAUAUGUCGCUAUUAGCCAACACUUUGUCGGAUGAAGGGAUCGAUACAACCCUAAUAAUACCGGCAUCGAACGAGCCCGAUCUAUACGAGACGUUGAUCGAUGUGGAAGUGGUGACAGUCCGCGUGGAAAGUGCCCACGUCGACGAGUCCGCGUAUUCGGACAGCAGAGCGAUCAAGAUUUGCGAAGCAUUCUUGAACGAUGACGAGAUCGCGAGGAAAAUGUCAGAACUUCAACCGACGUUCGCCAUAUUUCCUGCUCUUAGGCAUGACGGUUGUUUGAUACCGUGGACGAGAAACAUCCGGUCCAUUCCAGUAAUAUGGACGCGGAAUCGUGACGAAGAGGUGUACGUGUUCGAGUACAUGGGCGCCGCUUUGCCGGUUCAGAGCGACGGUUUUUGGACAAGGCUGCGAACAAGUUUCUCGCGGAGGUCAAUAUUCUCCGCGGCCAGGGACAAGUACGCGGCGUAUGCUCUCCGGAUAGCGGGAAAAUACUUGCCAGAUACCGGUCUUAAUUUAGACAAUCUUUAUGCGGAUGUUCGCCUCAUACUCUGGGGAGCUGAUGUCCUCCUGCGCUCGGAUUUCGCUCCGCUCACGCAGCUGAUAGUCGAGGUCGGCUGUCAUCAUUGUAGAGGAGCACACCCGUUGCAAGAGGAUCUACACAAGUCGUUGAUUGAAUUUCGACUGGGCACGAUUGUAGCCCUUCUGGAUAAAAGCUACGAGAAGUUGAUCAUAGAAUUGGCACAGAAGUUGCCUCAAGGCCGGGAUGGCCAAGCGGUCGUUUGGAAGAGUAUGCACCGCCAAAGUUCCGUGUUACCAAAGAACCUCUUUGUUCGUCUGACGGACGAUCGACAAGACCUGAUAGGCUACGGGCGUACAAGGGUGGUGUUAAGUCAUUGCGCCGAUCCGGAGCUCCUUGAAUCCGGCUUUCAUGGAACACCGGUGAUAUGCUUCCCCAGAAACGCCCACGAAUCGAAGAACACGGCUCGCGCGGUACAGUUGGGUUUCGCGCGCUCCGCGGAGGACAUGCCCGCCAUCUCUGGCGAGGAGACGGCAAACACGGUGAACCAUAUCCACGAGAGUAUGGAUUACCGCGAGAACGCCCGUAGAGUUUCUUUGGCCAUCCGCGACAGGAUAAAUCCCGCCGUGGACAGGCUGAUUUACUGGCUUCGUUACACAGCACGGACUAAGGACGGGAAUCUGGAAUUUCUUACGGCGAUCAGGCCGGCAAGAACGGCUAACGAGGACCUGCAGUUUUUCCUCGGCUUGUUCGUGGGCAGUAUAGUGGGGAUUUUUUCGACCGUCGGCUGCAUGUUGGCGCGGUAUCUGUUCGUCUCGAAGAGGGCGCAGCGGUCGAAGGGAAGGUACACCCGGUAAAAAAGCUCUGGCACACA